AGCAAGUCUGCCCCUUUCAAUAUUAUAUUCUCUAUCUUCUUCUUCUUCUUCUUCUUCUUCUUCUUCUUGUAUUUGUCUUCUUCAAGUUAACUAUCAAAGUUGUGAGAGAGCUUGAAGAAAAACUCUCUUUCUUAAUUAGAUCUCUUUAUGUCUGAUAUAUGUAAUUAAUUGUGCUAUAAGGGUGAGAUUAUUGUAAUUAAUUAGUGAUUGAAGUUUGAGGAUCAGGAAGAAGGAGAAGAAGAAGAAGAAAGAAGGAAAUUAUUAUUUGAAGAGUAGUUAUGGCAGUGGGAAUUGGAAUAGAAAGUGAAGGAGGGCAAUACAAUGGAAAGAUGACUUCAUUUGUGGUGUUUUCUUGUAUGAUGGCUGCCAUGGGAGGUGUUCUUUUUGGCUAUGACAUUGGAAUUUCAGGUGGAGUGACUUCAAUGGAAUCAUUUUUGAAGAAAUUUUUUCCAGAGGUGGAUAGAAAAAUGGAGGAGGACAAAGACAUAAGCAACUAUUGCAAAUUUGAUAGCCAACUUUUAACAUCCUUCACUUCUUCUUUAUACCUAGCUGGCCUUGUAGCUUCCCUUUUUGCCUCAUCUAUGACCAAAUCUUUAGGACGUAGACCUUCCAUUCUCUUCUCCGGCCUCGUUUUCAUUGUCGGGGCCGCUCUCGGUGGCGCUGCUAUGAAUGUUUACAUGCUCAUACUUGGCCGUGUCUUGCUUGGAGUUGGAGUUGGCUUCGCAAAUCAGGCAGUGCCAUUGUACCUCUCUGAAAUGGCACCAUCAAACUACAGAGGAGCUAUCAACAAUGGCUUCCAAUUCAGCGUCGGAAUCGGGGGUCUAACCGCCAAUUUAAUCAACUUCGGCACCCAAAAGAUUAAAUCUGGCAAUGGGUGGCGAAUCUCCCUCGCCAUGGCUGGUUUCCCCGCUUCAAUCUUAACCCUCGGCGCCUUUUUCCUUCCUGAAACCCCUAACAGUCUCAUUCAGCGUGGCAAUUCCCACCAACUGGUCGACGAAAUGCUCCAACGAAUCCGUGGCACGCCCAAUGUCCAAUCCGAGCUCGCCGACCUAAUCAAAGCCAGCGAGAUUGCUAAAUCCAUCGACAAUCCAUUCAAGAACAUCAUGAGAAGAAAAUAUAGACCCCAAUUAGUGAUGGCCAUUGCCAUACCCUUCUUCCAACAAGUCACUGGAAUCAAUGUAAUCGCUUUCUAUGCCCCUGUUUUGUUUAGAACAAUCGGGUUGGGGGAAAGCGCUUCGUUGUUCUCUGCAAUCAUGACGGGCGCUGUUGGGCUUGUCACUACGUUCAUAUCAAUGCUGGUGGUGGACAAAUUGGGGCGGAGGGUUCUGUUCAUAGCUGGCGGUUUGCAAAUGUUUGUGUCACAGGUGAUUGUUGGUGGCCUACUUGCAGCACUGUUGGGAGACCAAGGGACUGUGAGUAAAGGCUAUAGCUAUUUGCUUUUGGUGUUGAUAUGUGUGUAUGUGGCUGGAUUUGGGUGGUCUUGGGGGCCAUUGGGAUGGCUUGUACCAAGUGAGAUAUUUCCAUUGGAGAUCAGGUCAGCAGGGCAGAGUAUAACAGUGGCAACAAAUUUUGUGUUCACAUUCAUAAUUGCUCAGACAUUUUUGGCAAUGUUGUGCCAUUUGAAAGCAGGUAUUUUCUUCUUCUUUGGAGGGUGGGUAGUGGUAAUGACUGUGUUUGUGUAUUAUUUUCUGCCUGAGACUAAGAAUUUACCCAUUGAGAAGGUGGAGAGAGUGUGGAGAGAGCAUUGGUUUUGGAAGAGAGUUGUCGGGGAAGAUGAUGAGGAGGAGGAGAGGAAGGUGGGGGAUUUUCAAUCUUCACUUUGAGGAUUCAAUCUCAUACACACAUGGGGUUGUCAUUUGGGUUUUUGCUUAAAGUUAAAGGUAGGUCUAGAGUUCAAAACAUUGGAUGAUGAAUGAUCUUUGGUCAUUUUAUACCGUUAGAUGUAUGGGAGGUAAAUUAAACUUUGUAAUUUUGUUAUUCAUAUAAUGGUAGGAAAAUGAUCAAUUGAACAACUA